AUAGAGAUGGUCCUCUUUACCAAAUUUCAUAUAUUAAGGUGUCUCUCACCUCUGUACCUCACUCACCGCCAUUGCACGGUCGCCGCCUCAUCUCCGCGCCUCUCGCCGGCUCCUCUGCCUUGUAUGUGCGCCCUUAGUCUUUGCUUGCCUCUGCUUCUUCCGCGUCCCUGCGUACCUCUGCUCUACUCCGUCUGUGUCGUCUCAGCCGUCUUGGCUCCGCCGUAGCUUGUCUUCUCUGCCUCGUCUGCCUCUGCAGUGUGCUCCGCCGUGGCUCGCUUCUCUGCCUCCGCCUUCUCUGCCGUGACUUUGCUUCUGCUUCUGCAGUGUACAGGUAGGAAGGGUGAUAUUAUGCGAUGAAAAGCUUCAGGAGCUGCUUGGAUGUGAAAGCAUCUCUGCUAUAAGGGUUCGGGGAAGGGCUGCACCCAAAGAGUGUAAUGUACGCAGUCUAACUUGAUAAUUACAUCAAUGACUGUUUCCAUGGCUUGAAUCCGUGACCUUGUGAUCACACUGAGAUUUUAUUGUUUGGGGGAUUAUAGAUUAUGAGGGAGGAUAUAUACGAGAGGUGGAUCAAGAGAAAGUACAAAUAAUGCAAGUCAUCUGCCACUCUGCCAGUUCCUGACUACCUACCAGUGACGGCAACGCUGCCACUCCACCAGUUCCUGACCACCAACCUGUGACGGCAAAGGUCCCCUCUCUUUCUCAGUCUCUCCGGUACAUACUCCAUGCUUCUGACAAGCAUUCAGUGCAGACGAUGAAUAAUUUGAAAAUUGAUUCAUGAAUAAUAAUCAACAAUGGAGUUAUCACAGGAAUGGAGGUCCUUCUUCCCAAUCGGAACACCUGGUGGCUCCACCGUCGCCCCUCUUCUCCUUUCUGAACCAACCACUACCACUUUAGGCCCCCUCAAAUUCAACCCUGACACUAACUCCCUCAAUCCUCUCUUCUCCUCUUCUGUCUUCCCCUCUCUCCUUCACCUCCCUCCCAUUCUCUCACCCUCCCGUUUUCUCUCUUCCCAUUCCCUCCUCCCUUCAACUGCUUCUUCUCUCUCCUCCUUCGCCCAAAACAAUGCCAUUUCCCCGUCCUCCUAUUUCCUUACUAACCGUCUCCACCUCCUCACUUAUCCAGAUCGCAGAACUGCCAUUGUUUUCUUCCCCACUGGGCCCAACGAUGACAAAAUCGGGUUUUUCAUGCUCUCCGUCACAGACUCCAAGUUGCAAGUCCACCUUGACGGAAACGAUGAUAUUUUCCGUGCGGAGAUGGGAUCCUCCUCUGCUCACCGUAUACUGAAAAUUUUGGUGAACCCUAUUCUUGAACCUCCUCCCUAUUCGGGUUAUGAUUCCUCUUCUCCUGUUAUUGGGUAUUUGUCGGCUUGUACUCUCUAUUCUGUGCACUGGUUCAUUGUGAAGCAUAGCUCUAUUUUCGAUAGGCCUGUUAUGUUAUAUGUGGGCGGUAAAUUUUUCAAGAGUUCUUCCGUUGUUCAUGCUUGUUGGAGCCCUCAUAUAUUGGAAGAGAGUGUGGUGUUGUUAGAAAGUGGUCAAUUGUUCUUGUUUGAUUUGGAGUCUCAUUAUCACGGUUCGAGUACUUCUUUUAAGGGGACUAGGUUGAAAGUUCUGUGGAAUGAUUCGGGUUAUUGUAGUGAUUGUGUGUGGGUGAGCUGUGAAUUUAGUUGGCAUCCUCGGAUUUUGGUGGUUGCUCGCUCUGAUGCUGUUUUCUUAGUUGACUUGAGAUCCAAGGAAUGUAACGCGAGUUGCCUAAUGAAGAUUGAUAUGUUGCGUAUGUAUGCUCCAAGCGAAAUCGAGCAGUUUCUUGCCUUGUCAAAGGCAGGUCCUAACCAUUUCUUCUGCGCAGUGGCUUCUAGCAGUCUUUUACUUCUCAUUGAUGUGAGGAAGCCUAUGAUGCCAGUGUUACAAUGGAUGCAUAAUAUUGAUGAGCCUUGUUACGUAACUGUGCUAAGCUUGUCUACCUUGAGGUCCAACUCAAGGGAAGAUGCUUUCAAGUUGGCUUCUGAGUCUGGAUAUUGCAUUAUACUGGGAUCAUUUUGGAAUUGUGUGUUUAAUCUCUUCUGUUAUGGACCUGAAUUGCCAUUCCGAAAAGGAUAUAUUGCUUCGAAGCUUUCAAAUAUUAACAAAGCAUUCUGUGCCUGGGAGCUUCCGUCUGAUAUUGAUUUAUCUGGCUGCAAGUGUCAUUGUGGAGAUUGUCUCUUAACGGAAGAGCUGUCAAAGGAUGCUCUUCCUGAAUGGAUUGAUUGGCAGCUGAAGAAAGAGAUUGUCUUGGGUUUUGGAAUUUUAAGCAGUGACCUGGCUGCCCUACUUUGUGAAUCAGAUGAAAAUGGUGGAUUUACACUGAUAAGGCUGUUGUCAUCUGGAAAGUUUGAAUUGCAAAGAUAUCAUGCUUGUUGGGCUCCAACUAGGAACUUAGAUCAUUGCCACAAAGAAGAAUUAUGGCUGGACAAACACUUGCAUCCCUUCAGUGAGGAGGAAUACAAAUUUCCAAAAAGAUUUCAUCACCUAAAAUUGGCUUACCUUCAGGCAUAUGUUGGUGAUAGUCUUUCUAAAUUGCUACACAGGAAACUAGAAAAGAGUCACAUGCAAACUCGACAGAAGGAAUCUUAUGCGAGUAAAGUGCAUGAGUUUUUGUGUGAGAAAUUAAAUGCUUGUGGGUUUGGUCGGUUAAGAUCAUCUGCUGCAACUGCUGCUGUCUUCAAAGAUAUAAAACCACCAACAAGCCUUCAUGAAGUUGCUUUAAGGAGACUUUGGGCUGACUUGCCUAUGGAGGUGUUAAAAUUGGCAUUUUUAAAUUAUUCUCAAUGUCCACAAGUUGUAAACAAGCAUAAGAUAGCUUUAGAUUUCUUAGCUUUACCUGACCUUCCUCAGUUGCCUCCAUUCUUCUUACGGAAAUCUUCACACCACAACAAUGAUGACAUUGUGGGUCCAGUUAGGCCAUUUCCAUUUCUACUUGUGCUAAAUGAAUUUUACAACGGGUGCUCAAAUUUGGAAGAUGACGAGUUUUCCAUAGAAGCAGAGCUUGGCCUCAAGUACAAUGAAGUAAUGAAGGUGGCUAGUAACAUAACUGUUUCAACUGAUUGCUCUACGGAGAUAUCUCUUUCUGAUGAUCAAGAGGAAGCUUGGGAUGGUUCGUUGAAAGGAAAAUCUUUUUUUUCAUAUCGGCCAAUGGCAUUCAAUUGCUGUGCCCAAGAUUUUGUUACAGGGGACUCUGUUUAUAGUGCUGAAAUUUAUGAUACAUUUAUAUUCCAUGUCCGGAAGUCCAGGGAGCAGACAAAGCCUCUUGGACAAGAGGUAUUUGAUGAUCAUUGCCCUGUUGAGUUGAGUCUUCAUGCUCCAUUGGAAAUCUCUGAACCUCAAGGUUUAAAAGCAUGUAAUCUACUGAAGAAACAUAUGUCAAAAUGGGAACAACAUUUUGAUUUGUAUAAGGAGUUUUGUAUCCAAUCUAGAUUUGAAAGUGGUAGUUAACAGGUGUUCCUUCAUUUUUUGUCCUUGUCCCCAUAGAUAAACGUAAAUGAGUUUUAUCCUCUGAAAAAUAUGCUCUUGGCUGAUUCUUCGGGAAAAUAUCAAAUAUGCGAUGCAUUGUAUAUACCUUUUUCCCUUUUUGGGUGUUGAAGCAAGUUUGAGGUCAGCUUUCAUAA